AAAACGGAGAAUUAUCUUGUUAUGUAUAACAUAUGGGUAAAGAAGCUAAUAAUUACAAAAUGCUAACAAUACCUUUUUGUAAAAGAAAGAAAAAAGAUUAGAAAAAUGAAUGUUUGACUCCAUCAUGCAGUCAAUCGGGCUUGUCAGUCCUGAAAAGGAAACUUCCAUUAAACUAUCAUUGGCACACCGUCAAGCAAAUUUAACAAGAAAAAAGAAAAACAAAAGAAAAGGAAAGUACUAGCUGAUCGCAUUAAGAAUGGCUGGUGGGUCAGACAUAUUAUAUAUAUGUAUGCCAGUUAAUCACAACUGCGGCAAUUCAUUUAAGUUUCUGGAAAAAGGAAGGAAAAAAGAAGAGGAGAGAAAAAGAAAUGGGGAGUUUUGUUAGUCUGAUUUGUUUACAUGUUUUUCUUGUAUUUUUGCUCUUCUCUCACAUUACUGCCUCCCAGAAAGUUGUGACCUCUCUGCCUGGUUUUGAUGGCCAACUUCCAUUUUAUCUUGAAACUGGGUACAUUGGCGUAGGUGACUUCAAUGAGUCGCAGCUGUUUUACUAUUUUGUGAAGUCUCAGAGAAGUCCUGCAUUAGAUCCUCUUCUUCUUUGGAUCAGUGGUGGCCCUGGUUGCUCAUCUUUCACUGCAUUCUUAUACGAAAAUGGCCCAAUAAUUUUCAAUUACUCCAACUACAGUCCAGGUUUGCCAUCCCUACAGUUGAACCCUUCUGCAUGGACACAGGGCCUCAAUAUAUUAUAUCUGGAUGCACCAGUAGGCACUGGAUUCUCUUACUCAACUACCCAAGAAAAUUACCAUGUUGAUGACCAGAACUCUACAGCUCAAAUUUAUGAGUUUUUACGAAAGUGGUUAAUUGACCGCCCUCAGUAUCUUGCAAAUCAACUAUUUAUUGGUGGUGAUUCCUAUUCAGGCAUUCCUGUACCCCUCAUCGUUAAAAAUAUACUUGAUGGUAAUGAAGCUGGAGUGCAGCCAACUAUGAAUCUAAAAGGAUAUGUACUUGGGAAUCCAAAGACAGAUUAUUUUCUGGACUUAAAUGCAAGAGUCCCAUUUGCUCAUAGAUUGACACUCAUAUCAGAUCAAAUCUAUCAGGAUGCCAAAGUAUAUUGCCAUGGGGAUUAUGUAAAUAUAAACCCAAGCAACACCAACUGUGUUUCAGCUAUGAAUGCGUUUCAUGAGAUGAUUCUCGAAAUAAAUAUAAUGCAAGUAAUAGAGCCUACUUGCCAAACUGCAACGCCAAGAACAAAGGGUGCACAAGGAAGACGGUCACUGGAUGAGAAGGACCUGAAAGAAGAUCUGAAUAUUUCAGGACUAAAUAAAAGAGCAUAUUGGUGCCGGAACUAUUACUAUGUGCUGUCUGAUAUCUGGGCCAAUAAUAAAAGGGUCCGGGAGGCUCUUCAUGUCAGAGAGGGCACAACUGGAGUUUGGACGAGGUGCAAUUUCAGCGUAGCCUACACAAAAUCAGUGACAAGUACAAUUGAUUAUCACAAAUACUUCAGCAAGCAAAACCUUCGAGCUCUGGUAUACAGUGGUGAUCACGACCUGAAUAUACCCCAUAUUGCUACACAGAAUUGGAUUCAUAUGCUCAACUUGAGCAUCAACGAAUAUUGGCGGCCAUGGUUUGUGAACGGUCAGGUUGCUGGCUAUACAGAGAAGUACAUGAAUGGUGAUUACACUUUGAUAUUUGCUACAGUUAAAGGUGCGGGUCACGAUGCUCCAGAGUACAAGCCAACCGAAUGUUAUGCCAUGAUUGACCGUUUCUUUGCUUAUUUUCCUCUUUAAAUAGAAGUGUUUUACUUAUAUUCUAUAUAUUUUAUUUAGUAAAACAGAAGAAAAGAAUUAAAAAUAUUCAGAUUUUUUAGAAUUA